ACCUCAGGCCCUUUAAAUACAGAGGGGGGUGCGCAGGGCCGGGAGUUGUGGGCCUGGAGUUUCCACGCUGUGGCGAAGGGACGAGGACACAGGGGACAAGGGACAUCACAUCCCUGGCCCACUCUGCUGGUCGCCAAUCUCCUGCUCCUUUGCUCGGACGGGUCCCACCUCCGCCCACACCUGGCACCACACCAUGCCUCUGCACAGUGACAAGCAGCUCGCAGCUGAGGACCAGCCCAGCGACUUGGACUCCCCACUCUGCUCAGAGAGCCGGGCUUCGCUCAGCGACUUCGAGUGUUCCCGGCGGAGCUUCGCCAGCGACUCCUCCAGCAAGUCCAGCUCGCCUGCCUCGACCAGUCCACCCAGGGUCGUGACCUUUGAUGACGUCAUGGCCACAGCCAGGAACUUCUCCAACAUGGCCCUGGCCCAUGAGAUCGCUGUCAAUGAGAACUUCCGGUUGAAGCAGGAGGCCCUUCCGGAGCACAGCCUGGCUCGGCGUGUGAAGAGCAUCGUGCACCAGGCCUUCUGGGACGUCCUGGAGUCCGAGUUGAAGGCGGAGCCUCCCGAGUAUGAACACGCUGUCAGGCUGUUUGAGGAGAUCAGAGAGAUUCUCCUCUCUUUCCUCACCCCCGGGGGGAACCGGCUCCGCACCCAGAUCUGCGAAGUGCUGGACGUGGACCUCAUCAGGCAGCAGGCCGAGCACGGUGCCGUGGACGUGCAAGGCCUAGCCGCCUACGUCAUCGGCGUGAUGGGCAAGCUGUGCGCGCCCGUGCGGGAUGAUGACAUCCGGGAGCUGAAGGCCACUGGUGACGUCGUGGAGGUGCUGAGACAGAUAUUCCACGUGCUGGACCUCAUGAUCAUGGAUAUGGCCAACUUUACAAUUCAGAGCCUCCGACCGCACCUGCAGCGCCAGCUGGUAGACUACGAGAGAACCAAGUUCCAGGAGAUCUUAGAGGAGACUCCCAACGCACUGGACCAGACGACAGAGUGGAUCCGAGAGUCCAUGCAGGAGGAGCUGCUUUCUCCAACUCCAGGGGCCGAACAGAGCUCCAAGCCAAGCCUGAGCCCUCGGCUGGUGCUGAAUAGCAGCUACCUGAGGCUGCUGGACUGGGAUUUCCCGAAGAGGGACUUGCCCGAGACACUGGUGACAGAUGGAGCGCGACUCCGGGAACUGGCAGAGAAGCUGCGCCGGCUGAAGACGCUGGCCUGCCUGUCGCUUAUCACCAGCGGUACGCUGGGCGCUGUGGCUGAGAGCCUGCCUGGGCUGGAGCGCAGGCUGCACAGGGUCACCGCUGCUCUCCUUGAAGGCAUGCACCGGGAGACUUUCAACCUGCAGGAAGCACUGCACUCCGUCGGCCUCCAGACGUGCGUGGAGGUGAACAAGGCGCUGGCCGAGAGGGGUUUCCCAGCUCUGGGCGCUGAGGUGCAAGCUAACCUCGUGGGGCAGUGUUCAAGCCUCAAAGACGAGAACAAUCCUGUCCGCUCCUUGGUCGAUAAACGAGUCCAGGUCUACAUGAAAAGCCUCCUUGGCCUUCCUAGUCCCCCCAAGUCCCUGCCGCCCAUCCCUAGAGGCCUGGACGUCAUUCGGGAGGAGCUGGAAGCCCUGGGGACUCAGUACUUGAACAUCGUGAACCUCAACAUGCAGGUGUACGGACCAUUCUACGCGAGCAUCCUUCGCAAGCUGCUCUUCGGGGAGGAGGCCAGCCGGGGGGCGGACGCCUCACUUCCGGCCAACUGAAGUGGGGCUGACGCCGGGGCGAGGGUGGCGGCCCCAUCACGUCAGUGGUGGCAUCACAGACGCAGCCUGGUCUCGGUACUGUCUUGGCGCGGGCAUGGGAAGGGUGCUAUGGCAAUGUUAGGGUCACAAGGCAGCGCCAGGUCACACAGACACCAUUUGCACGUCAUUCUCAAGUUUAAAACAGACAUUUUUAACAAACUGAAAGGCAUCUGUAAUUACAGUGCCUACCUAAUACUUGGAUUUUCUUAAACAUUUGUAUUUGGCUUACACUUGCAGCCUGCAAGGCGUUGUUUUCCUCAUUUCUUCCUACUCACAUGAAAUGACUUUGAACUUGAAAGGCUGGAAGCCGGGCCUAGUGGCACCCACCUGGAAGCCCAGCAUCUUGGAAGCUGAGGCAGGAGGACUGCCGCACGUUAGAAGGCAGCAUGGCUGCAGAUGAGGUCAAGGCCAGCCUGAACUACAUAGUGAGACCCCGUCUCCAAAAACAAAAACAAAAACAAAAAAGAAAGAAAGGGAAGGAAAGUUGUGAGAACAACUCCAGGAUUGAUGUGAAGGACGUGUCUUUGCAUCUAAAACUUACAAUUAUAUUUUAUUAAUGUGUAACAGAAACUUACAUAGUAAGUCCUCAAGUUCCAUAAAGGCACCAAAUCCCAUUUUAUAAUACCAAUUAUCAACAUUUAUUUAGAAGUUUAUGAAGUACAUUUUUAAUGCCAUGUACAAGAUUUAAAUAAAACCUGUGUUGUUUAGUGAAAUGUAGAAACAAAUGCUUUCCUUCUAAAAUUGUAUUCUACAGGUUUUGCUUUUGUACAAAUAACCUGUCUUUCAAAAGCAGCAGAGUUUGCAUGGAUCUCUUAGUGAACGUCCUUGCAUAUAAGACUUAUAGAAUUUUUAAUACUUUUAUGUAAGGCGCGGCUGGUUUGAAUUGGUUUCUUUGUAAGAAGGGAAACUCACAAUAAAAUGAGGUCCUAUUUCCCACAAAGUUCCCCUCUGAAAAGAAAACAAAGCACAGCCAGGUGCUCUAGCACGCCGGAGGCUGAGGCAGGAGGAGCCCCUAGAGUUCAAGGCCAGCCUGGGCUACAAAAAAAAGAAAAAAAAAAAAAACCCAGACCAAAAUACACACACACACACACACACACACACACACACACACACACACACACACAUCAAACCUUGGGUAUCUUAACCAUGUAACCGAACUUGCAAAUGCCUUUUGUGCUGAGCAAAGCCCGAAUCCUGACCCUGCUGUGACCACCCUGCUCUUCUGAGUGGACUCUUGGCUUGCUGUUGUUAAAUCCCAGCCUGGUGCCCUCGAUCUGUAAAGCGCUUUAGCUGCUUAAACACACUUGGGGUUGUUUGCUUCCCAAGGAUCCGGGACCAUCGGUCAGUUGGUGGAGGAGGGUGGCUAGGAACUAAAAUCAGGACACUAGUUUUUCUUCCCACCUCCACGACGGUGCUAAUUCAUUGUUUCAGGUGGUAAAGUCGCAUUUUUGCAUUUUGGAGGACCUGCCAAAUUUUCAGGAAAUCAUGAAUUUCAAUAUCUCCCCACCCCCAGUGCUCAGUACUGUCCACAGGAGCAGCUGUGUGGGCUCACUGGAGAGCACUGCGCCCCCUCCUGGGGUCCCACCUGGGCUAGAGGCUUUGGCUGCACCCUCCCUCAGGCCACUGGCUCUCAGUCUGCAUCCUGGGGCUUGGGGAGGGAUGCCCUGCCCGGCUGGACAGGCGAGGCACACCUGUGUGGUCUUCUGCUGGCGCUGUCCGAGGUGACCUGUGUGCUUAGCAGCUGGUGUAGCCUCUCGUCACCAGCUCAGAAUCCAGUGGAUCCUACUGAUAUACUUGAUUACCCUGCAGCUGCCCGCAGGAAAGCAGUGUGCAAACUGGGUUUUUUAAAAAGUGUGCUUAAAAUGAAGGGCAUUCAGUUUUUUUUUUUAAGUGGCAAAACGUGUUUCCAGUCUGGAUUUAGGAAACUACAUGUAUGAGGAUUCUUUUCUUUUUGGAACUGGGGAUCAAACUCGCGACCUCGCACUUGCCAGGCAGGCGCUUACGCCGCCGAGCUAAAUCCCCGGCUGUAUGAGGAUUUUUAAAUCCUAUGUUCAGCGUGUUUUAGUUUUUACUUUCACUUCUACUUUGGAUGUUUCUUUCCCUAAUGUGGUCUUGUUUUGUAAUGUAAACUUUAUUAAAUACCAUACACACAUUUUUAUCUUCUGGUUAAAGCAUGUAUUGUGUGCACUAAAUUUUAAAAUAAAAACAUUUUCAAGGUG